CCCCGGAGAAUGCCCGCGCAGCGCUGCCUGACGUCACGAGCGCCCUUAGCCAAUCAGCUUCUGGAUGCCGAAAAAAUGCAAAUUAGAGUACUGAGGCUAAUUACUUAUAAGUAAUUCCAAGACGUUACUCUUGGGAUGACAACUCCCCAGCCAAGUUACUUUUCAGGGCUACAGAUAAAGAAAAGAUGAUGAUGGUGGUGGUGGAGGAAAAUCUACUGCAAAAUUAGUAAAAUAAGGCUAUAUUACUUAAUUUAAAGCAUGAAGGUCUUAAUGUCAGGAAACUGGGGAAGUUAUUUUAUGCACUUUUGUAACUUUGAAAGCCAUGGGUGGCUUUUGGACUACAGAUCCCAUCAUCCCUUGUCAGUGGUUACUGUGGCUGAACUGCUUAGCCUCUAAGGUGGUUUGUCUGGUUAACCUAGUUAGCCUAACUCCAGUUAGUGGCCAGCCUAGGUCUGCAUCCGCACUGCAGGAAUGAUACCAGUUGACCCUGCUUCAACUGCUGUGGCUCAGUGCGAUGGAACUUGUCGUUUUGUGAGCCACAACAUGCUGGGAUUAAUGCAAAUCCCAUAGCAUUGGGCCAUGGAGGUAAAAGUGGUGUCAAAACGGAUUGUUUCUUCAGUGCGGAUGAAGCCUAAGCAGGAAGGAAGCAGCGCGGCUUUUGUGCCUGUGCCCUGGCUGCCCUGCAAACGACUGCCCUAUUAGGUUACCAUCCCUGGAUAGAAUUUGCCAUAGAAACCCUUGGCCCCACAAGAGCUGUAACUGAUCCAGGAGCACCAAAGAAGCCGCUGCUGCCGCCGCCACAAUGGCUUAGCUGGGUCCAAGAGCCUCUCCUUGGAACUGCUGGACCCACAAGAAAGUCGCAACCAUGCCCACCACCAACGAGAGAUGGCCGGAGGAAUUUGGCUUUAGGAUCAGCGGCAGCGGUCCCUGCUACAUCAUGGCUGUGGACGAUGGGAGCAGCGCCCAGGUAGCCGGACUCCAACCAGGGGACCAGAUCCUGGAGAUCGAAGGCCAGCCCGUGUCAGCCAUGAACUGCGAGGCCUUGGUGGCCCUGGCCAGGCAAUGUGAGAACGUGCCCCCCAGCAUUGGGGUGGUCUCCCGCAUCCAGCAGGUGGACCUCCGGCCGGGUCAAGAAGGUCGCUUUGGCUUCACCUUGGCCUGCGAUGGAGGGCCUCCUCUGCAAGUGGACACUGUGGCCCCAGCAUCUCCUGCCUCUCAGUCUGGACUCAAAGCUGGUGACUAUGUCCUUGAGGUCAAUGGGAUGCCUGUCAAGGUUUAUGAAGAGGCGGCGGCCAUGAUCCAUGCCUGCCAAGGCCAGGGACUCCGGCUGGGACUUCUCCGGCUCAGUCGGUCCCAGACGCGGCUGGCAAGCAGUGAUGUCCGGGAAUUUGUCCAGAGUGCGGAUGCCAUCCACCAGGAGCGGAGGCAGAAGGCCAGAGAGUUCAGCAAGAAGGUGCAAGAGAUCCUGGGAGACCAGCCAGAACUCAAAGAGAAGAUGUUCACCACCCUCAAGCAGUACGCGGCCGAGAGGAAGGUGGACUACUUGGCUUAUGCCCUCGCCAUGCUCCUCACCCAGGACUCCCACCAGCUCCUCAUAGACAAUAUCAGGAUCUUCAUCCCUAGGAAACACCGGCAGCGCUUCGACGAAGUGGUCUCCCAGAGCCUCAUCAGUAAGCUUUGCCGGGCCAAGAGCGAGCAGCCGGGGGGCCGCCUGAGACGCAGCCGGAGCGAGGACCACCACGAACGCCUGCUGGUCUCCACCCGGGCCAGCUCAGUGCCACGGAGCCACGAGGAGAGUGGCAAGGGGCUCAGGAAGGUCUCCUCCCUCAUCGCCAGUAAUGUGGGGUCAGGGGCAGCGCACAGGACCGUCCGGGUCUAUAAAGGCAGUCGGAGCUUUGGAUUUACACUACGCGGACAUGCCCCGGUGUGGAUCGAGUCCGUCUUGCCUGGGAGUCCAGCUGACAAAGCAUCCCUCAAAGCUGGAGACAGAAUCUUGUUCCUCAACGGCCUGGAUAUGAGGAACUGUUCCCAUGAGAAAGUGGUCUCCAUGCUCCAGGGCAGCGGUGCCAUGCCCACCCUCGUGGUUGAAGAAGGCAUCGUCAGCUUUUCAGAUUCGGAGUCAUCGGAGACUCCCAGCUCCUCUUCGGCCCUCACUUCCUUGCAAUGGGUAGCAGAGAUCCUGCCCUCCAGCAUCAAGAUCCAAGGGAGGACUUUCCAUCAACAGCUGGAACAUCUGCUCACGCCACCCGAACGUUACACGAUCUGCAAAGCGCUGGAAAGCUUUUUCCAGCACAGGAACAUCGACACCCUUAUUGUGGAUGUGUAUCCUGUCCUGGACACCCCCUCCAAGCAGGUGAUCUGGCAGUUCAUCUACCAGCUGUUGACCUACGAGGAGCAGGAGCAUUGCCAGCAGAAGAUCGCCAGGUUCCUGGGCUACAAGUCCAUGGCAGCCGAGACAGAGGCCGAAGAGCGCCACCGCAGCUCCAUACGCAUGGGAGCCCCAGUGUGCCAGAGAAACGUACGAGCCCAUAGUCCGGAGGAGGCUGGCGCUGGAGCAGGUCACAUUGAUGUGGCUGGAGAUUUGCCAGUCCGCGUUGCACCAGGGGAGAGGCAGGCGGGUGACGGGACGUCCCUCCCGGAAACACCUAAUCCCAAAAUGAUGUCGGCUGUCUAUGCAGAGCUGGAAACCCGCCUGACCACCGGCUUUGGAGGGAAGCUGAGCAACUUAGCCGUCCACCGGGCAUCGCCUCCAGUGCCAGAGCAAGGUAACCCAGCAGGUGUCCGGAAAUCGGGUCUGACCAUCUCCUGGCAGAACGACCCUGCUUGCUACUACCAGUCCCAUGGUGGGGGCCUCCCUUCCCCUGGCAGUACUGAAUCCAACCCCUAUGUCAGCCUAGACAGCAGCCCGGCUCCUUCCCCCAAACACGGCGUCUAUGCCCUCAGCCCACUUUCCCGGAGGAAGAAGCUUUUUACCUUCUCGCGCCCACCACGCAGCCGGGACACAGAUCGCUUCCUGGAUGCCUUGAGCGAGCAGCUGGGCCACCGGAUCACCAUCGUGGAUGACUUCCUCACACCAGAGAACGAUUACGAGGAGAUGAGCUUCCAUGAUGACCAGGGCAGCUACGUCACCAAUGACCUGAGCAGCGCCAGCGAAGACCUGAGCAGUAGUGAAGGGAGCUCCCUCACCUACUCCACCAUUUCGGACCACAUCCCUCCUCCUCCCAUUAGCCCUCCACCGCCACCACCUCCACCACCCCCUCCCCAGUUCCACGACCCCAAAGAGGACCAGAGGAACCCCGAGAAAGGGAAGAAGACCUUUGUCCCUGCCGCUUCCUCUUCUUCCUUGUCCCCCCAUGCCAACCCCCCACCUGGGCACUCGCAGCUUGCACCCCCGCCUCCCCCACCACCCCCUCCUCCCCCAGUCCCCUGUGCACCCCCAUCGGCCUCCCGAGGAGGAAUCAUCCCCCGAAGGAGCAACUCCAACCACAUGAGCGUCAAGCGGCUGCGUUGGGAGCAAGUGGAGAAUUCAGAAGGCACCAUCUGGGGUCAGCUUGGGGAAGACUCUGACUAUGACAAACUGAGUGAUAUGGUCAAGUACCUUGAUUUGGAGCUGCAUUUUGGAACCCAGAAGCCCACAAUUUCUCUUCUAGAGCCGAACCCCUUGCCAGAGUCCUUUAAAAAGAAAGAUGUGGUUGAGAUUCUCUCACACAAGAAGGCCUACAACACAGCCAUCCUGAUUGCCCACCUCAAGCUCUCCCACAUUGAGCUGCGCCAAAUCCUCUUGAACAUGGAGAGCGACCGUCUGGAGGCCACGCACAUCAAGCAGCUGCUUCUUUAUGCCCCGGAUGCCGAGGAGGUUCAGCAGUACCACAGCUUCCAGGGCAACCCCAGCAAACUGAGCGAGCCAGACCAGUUUGUCUUGCAGAUGCUUUUGGUUCCCGAAUAUAAAACCCGGCUGCGUAGCCUCCACUUCAAGACCACUCUGCCAGAGAAGACAGAGGAGAUCACUGCCAGCUACGAGUGCAUUUUCAAUGCUUCCCUGGAGCUGAAGAACAGCAAGAAACUGGCAAAAAUCUUAGAGUUUGUGCUGGCCAUGGGCAACUACCUGAACCACGGGCAACCAAAGACCAGCAAAACCACUGGCUUCAAAAUCAACUUCCUGACUGAGCUCAACACGACCAAGACUGUUGAUGGGAAAUCCACCUUUCUGCAUAUUCUUGCCAAAUCACUUAGCCAACAUUUCCCAGAACUCCUGGGCUUUGCCAAGGACCUGCCCACGGUGCCACACGCUGCCAAAGUGAAUCAGAGAACUUUAAUGGUGGACCUCAAUGACCUCCAUACCACCAUUGAGGAGAUUGAAAUGGCCUGCCAGAAUAUGGUGCCUUCCCCCGAGGACAGGUUCACAACUGUGAUGAGCGCCUUCUUGGAGAUGGCUCAUCCCACCAUCCAGUCCCUGGAGGAUCUUCAGCACAGAGCCAUGGAAGAGUUCAGCAAAGUCCUCUCCUUCUUCGGGGAAGACGCAAAAGUCACCACCUCCGAAGCCUUCUUUGGCAUUUUCGCUGAGUUCAUGAGCAAGUUUGAGAGGGCCUUCAGCGACAUCCAAGCUGGAGAGCCCCAGCGGAGUCUGAGGGUAACGCCACCUCUCGCCUGGUGACCGGAUGACCGAGGACUGGGAACAGAAGGCAGGUGCUUCAGGUGAUGCCUGGCUGUAAAUACAAGGAGUGGCAACUCAGCGCGGAUGGAGAAACCAUUGGGGACAGCAAAGACGUUGUUUUCCUUCUUCUGUCUGGGGAAGACAUCUCUGCCUGUGCCCUCAAGGUGCAUUAAGGGAGCAACAGGGAAGUGGAAAGGACCACUUAGCUGGGUCUCUAGAGACUCAAGGAGUGGACAUUUUUCUCCUCUGCAUUAUUCAGGAGAGGUGAAAUCCUCCACGUGGAGGGCGCAUGAAGACAGCCCAUUGCUCACCUUUCUUUUAUCUUCAUUUUUAAUGGCCUUUCUGGAAUUCCAUUUCUUUGCAAAGAGAGGUAGGAGGUCUCAGUGGGUUGCAUGGAAUUGACCAACCCAUAGAUUGGUGCAAGUGGGGGAGAAGGCAGGUUUACCCCCCUCAUAUCCUGACCCCUUUCCCCAUGAAGAGCAACUGCCAGUUUUCCAGCUCACCUGAGCAACCCCUGAGAACCCCUUGUGUCCAGCUCACACAGGCUGGUUUGCAUUGCUCUUUGCCCUUUUCCAAGAAUCCCAAGAAUCUCUAGGGCUAUGUUCUUUGCACCGCACUCUGAUUCAAGGAGGGCUGUGCAUAGACAUUGCUAACAUGCCAAGUGUCCACACUACACAACGAUAGCACUGUGAUCCAAUUUUAACUGCCAUGGCUCCAUCCUACAGAACCCAGGGAUGUUUAUUUUGCUCUGUGCUGCAUUGCUUUAAGGCUGUAGUCCUGGGGAAUGUUCUGGAGAAUUCAACCCCAUCGACGAACUACAAAUCCCAGGACCCCAGCCAUGGCAGUAAAAGUAGGGUCAGUCUGCUGUACAGUGUGAAUACCUGGGGAUCUUUCGCAGCCAGGAUUUGAGAUUUUUUUUAAAAAAUCAUCUCCUGAGGAAUUGGAUGGAUCCAUGGCAGCUGUUGGUUCUGAUGUCCCAUUAGACAUGGAUUAGAAAAUUAAGCCCAAGGGGCUCCUUGCAACACAGAUCACUCCUUGCAUCACUGGCAGAAGCAACAUAGGCUCUUGUUAUUUCUGUCCAUGCACCAUCAAUAGAGGAAAAAGCAGGUUCACUGUGGCCUUGGCUGAAAACAUGGACUUGCCACCACCCAGUGCAUUAACAAUACCAAACCACACUCGCCUCUCGGGCUUCUUUGGUUUCCUUUCUUUUCCAAGACGGUAGCCCAGCCAUAUCUCCUCCUGCAAACUGUUUCUUCUUGCCAUUUUUCAAGUGCCAGGUUAGCUUCUUUUGAUGACAUUUUGAGUCUCUUGUUGUGCGGCAUCUUUGCUACUCAGCUUCACAUCACUGGAAUGGUCAUAACUGCAUCCAGAGGUAUCAUGGGGUUUGUAGUUUGCAAAGGGUACCUAGAAAGUACCAAGGCAUGCUGAGAAGAAAGGAGCUGAGAAUGUGGUGUUGGUGUUGCAUGUUUUCAGGUCUUUUUCAACCCUAGAGUGAGCCCUUUAUGGGAUUUUCUUGGAAAGAUUUGUUCAGAGGGGUUUGGCUUUACCUUGCUCUGAGGCUGAGAGAGUGUGACUUGCCCAAGGUUGCCCACUGGGUUUACAUUCCUCAGCAGGGAUUUGAACCCAGAGUCAUAGUUGACUCCUGCAUGGGGAAGUCAGUCGCUUCAAUUCUGGACGUAGUUCGUAGAUGUAGUUUGAUCCAGUUUCACAUUUUAUUUAUUUAUUUAUUUAGUAUUAAAAUAUUUAUAUACUCUGUCCUAUAUCAAAAUGAUCUCAGGGAGGCUUAUAGAUAACAUUAAAACAUCAAAACAUUGGCAGAAGUAGACUCAAAUUUACAAAGGCUCAUGCAACAACUUCUUUCUCAAAAGGUGCUACAAGAUCCCUUUGCAUACUGACUUUCCAGUAAGCUGAAAACGUCUUAAACAUCAUAAUGAAUUAAAAACAGGUUUUUAAAGACUAAAAUAAUUAAAACUAUGUGACAUUAAUAUUUGGAAUCAAUUAAUGAGGAAAAAGGCUAACAAGGAAAGCCUGGUAAUUAUGAAUACUUAUUUAACAAUAAUGCAAAGAUUUACUAAACUCAUAAAAAAUGCAUAUGUUUACUCCAAUAAUACAAUUUAAACUAUCCAGUGGAAUAAUUUUAAAUGUCCGCGUCCCCUACCUUGACUUUGGUUCCAGAAUUGCUGCCAAUUGGCCAAGCCAGCUUCUAUACUACAUAUCCUGGGAUUCCUCAGGAUGGAGCUCUGACAAAGUGAUAUGAAACUGAUAUAAGGAUGCAGUGCAGGUAACAACAGUCUCCCUCUUAUGUUCUGUCUCGAUAUAUAUUUAUCAUUGCCACUCUUUAUUCUGAAUGAGUUGUAUAGUGCCCAGAUAAUUUUAUUUUUCCCUUCCCAAAAGAGCUGUUUAUUUGAAUCUAUCGAGGCGCUUUUAUGACUAGAUUUGCUCACUGUUGUCAUUGUGCGAGGCUGCAAGGCUGACUCCAAUCUCUGUUUCUGGGUGGCAUUUUCUUGUGAUGUUUUUCCAAAGGUUGGAGAGCUCCUACCAAGGACUGUGUAUAUAUAAAUAUAU